AUGAUGGACUUCAGUGGCGCUUCUCUUCUCAAAAUAUACCCCAAUCUUAAGGAAUAUGCUUGUGUCCUUGCUCACAACUUAAUAUUGCUUCUCACUCUUGCCUUUGUUCAACAGGCGUUUGUUGAGAUGUCUUGGGCGAUGGCCGCGUAUGACCAUGCGGAAACACACUACAACAUACUGUGUGCUGUCCCAGACGCGCGCCUUCUUCGGUUAUCGGCUAUUGAUGAUCGUAUUUGUACAGCGUUUUGUAAAACGUUCCCCAAUCUUGACGUGGACUGCGUUAGCGAGGAUGAUAUCAAAUCCAAGGAACAAAAGGAGCUGUGGCGAUCUUUCUGCAACGAAUUUGAUGGUGUUGUGGAAGAUUACAACCGUGGAACUCUUCUGAGGCUUGAUUCUUCUCGAGGCUAUGAUGAAAACAACACAUGCAUUGUCCCUCGUGUGCAGUUUCUCGCAAUCGAGAUUGCGCGGAAUCGAAGGGGUCUGAACAAUCGAAUCCACAAAAUCGACUCAAGACAGUGUCAGAGUUCUUGA